AUGGAUUACUCUUUCUAUGAUCCCAGAUCACAACCCUCGGGCUUCUCGCUGUACGGGCUGCCUACCCCCGACCAACCCAAUACCCAACCAGACACAUUUGCCUCUUUGAACUUUCCUGGCUUUGACUCCUCGUUCCCCGUCGACCCCUCCUUUGUUCCGCCACCGCACUCACCGCCAGAAUCAGUCAAGCACUCUGCUUCCAGCGAUGCUGCCAACAGUCAGCAUGCACGUCUCACGUCAUUCGAUGGCGAUGAAACUCAAUUCGCCGAUCACACCUUAGGGAGGAGUAGCAGCGAGGAAAAGGAAUCAGCACCCGCGCAAAGCAAGCGCAAGGCACAAAACCGAGCAGCUCAACGAGCAUUUCGAGAGCGCAAGGAACAGCACGUCCGCGAUCUCGAAGACAAAGUAAACAGCCUUGAACAAGCGUCCGACACUUUACAAGCCGACAACGAGCGCCUGAAGCGCAAGCUAGCCCGGUUCACAACCGAGAAUGAAAUUUUGCGCGCGACAUCACAACACGCCAACCGCGGAAACGCCAGUGCAAACGAGGACCCCGAGCGAACCGUCACAGGGCCGAUGAAGUUCUCCCCCACAGACUUUCAUGCUACAUUCAUGGCCCAUGGUCGUCAAAGCCCGCACCACCGUCUCACUGUGUGUCCGAUCACCGGCGAGAAGCUGCUGGAUGCGGGUGCUACAUGGGAUCUUAUUCAGAAACACGAGCUCUUUGAACGUGGCCAGCUUGAUAUCGGUGAUGUCACGGAGCGUUUGAAGGGUAUGUCGCAAUGUGAUGGACAGGGUCCUGCUUUUAAGGAGAGCCAGGUUCGUAAGGCUAUUGAGGAGAGUGCGGCGGCUGGUUGUGAUGAGUUGAUCUGA